AUGCGUUUCACUAUCGCCGGACUUCUCUCCCUGGCUAUGGCCGUGGCUGCUAUCCCAAGCCCCGAAGGGAAGCACGCUGACAGCAAGCCUGGUAGCGUCGAGGUCAGCCCACAAUGCGGCAAUCAGAUCUUGGCCUGCUGUUCGGACGUCCACAUUGAUGUCGGUAAGAGACAGUUGGACACGCUUGUUGCUGGUCUUGUUGGUACCGUCGACGGACUCCUUGGUACUUUGAGUUCGACUUAUGGCGGCGGUGAAUCUCAAAAAUGCUUCAACCAUGGCCAAGGUGCAGUAUGCAAAGGCACUAGCGCCUGCUGCCCAGGAAAUGGCAACGAGUGCGUCGCCAUCUCCAAGGAUGAGGCAUACAAGCACGAGGGCUAA